AUGAUGCGUCUGGAGAUCCAAGCAGCCGAUGGAAAUUGGCGCCUGGCCAACGUCUUCAUCGACGAAGGGAGUGAUUCUACACUCAUGAGGAGCGCAUUCGCUACAUCUCUGAAGAUUAAAGGCACCUCUCAAAUUCUCGAGAUCGACGGUGCAGGAGGCGUGGUAAACCGACACAGAUCCAGACGUGUCCAGUUCCAGCUACGCACGGAGUCUGGCGAAAUCGUCACGUUAGAAGGUUCGACGAUGAAGAUAGUCGCUAGCCCUACGCCCAUUACUGAUUGGAAUCAGAUGAAGAACAAAUGGCCACACUUGAGAGACUUACCGACCGGAGAAGUAGGUGGAAAGGUGGACAUAUUGAUCGGCACGGAUCAUACCCACCUGUUAGCAGUGAAAGAAACGAGAGAAGGCAAGGACUAUGAACGGAUUGCCUCUCGAACGAGACUUGGUUGGAUUAUCCGGGGAGUUACCACCAAACACACGACAGUAACGGCCGUUCGAGUUUGCACAAUAUCGUGCCGCAUCCCCUUAGACGGUCUCACGGUUCAGAUGCGUCGAUUCUGCGACACAGAGGCUUUCGGAACCGAAUUUCAAACCGGUUGCCUUUCCCCAGAAGACAACAGAGCCCUCGCGAUCAUGAAAAAGAAGACCCAAAAGCUAGACAUCGGCUAUGAGGUGCUCAUCAUUUGGAAAGAAGAAGAGCCGAACCUGAUCAACAAUCGACAGUUGGCCGAAAAUCGGCUUAAGAGUUUGCUGAAGAGAUUCGAGCGUAAUUCCAAGUUUGAAGAGGAUUACCGUAGGGCGAUGCAGAAAACAUUUGACCACGGUUAUGCUUCUCGUCCUCUAGACCCGGCUUCUGCCAAAUAUUUCCUUACGCACCACGGAGUAUACAAGGGGCCGAACUUGAGGUUCGUCUUCGACACAGCCGCUCCCUUUAGAGGGAAAUCCCUGAAUGACGCUAUUGUCAGCGGGCCAGCCCUACAGCCGGCAUUAGCAACAGUCCUCAGUCGAUUUCGGCAAGAUGAAAUUGCCUGGGCCUCCGACAUCGAAGCGAUGUUCAGUCGCUUCCGCCUAAACGCCGAAGACGCCAACUACUUCUGUUUUCUUUGGCGAGAAAAGGAAACACACGAACCAGUAGUCUGUAGGAUGGACCGACUACCCUUCGGAGCAAGCUGCUCGCCCUUUGUUGCCAUCCACACGGUUCGCCAAAUCGUGCGUGACGCCGGAGUAGAAGAAAGGAUAAUCACUGCAACCCGAGAUCAGAUGUAUGUAGACGACUAUUUGGGUUCAGCUCCAUCCGUUCCAGCGACCUUAAGUGAAGCCCUCGUCGUCAAGACCGCAUUGGCCAACGUCGAUCUCAACUUGCAGCGAUGGAUCUCCAACUCCCGCGAGUUCAUGUUAGGGAUAUCCACCGACAUCCCUGAGGAUCAACCGGCAACUCACCCGUUGAUCGGGGGAGUAGACGAGAGGUGCUCGGCGUAA